AUGGGGAGGAAAGGUUGGAUAUUGUCUAAGCCACGGAUUUUCCACAGAAACCCAGACCACCAAAUCCCCCAGAAACCCAGACUCAGACCACCAACUCCCCCAGAAACCCAGACUCAGACCACCAACUCCCCCAGAGACCCAGACUCAGACCACCAAAUCCCCCAAAACCCAGACUCAGACCACCAACUCCCCCAGAAACCCAGACUCAGACCACCAACUCCCCCAGAGACCCAGACUCAGACCACCAACUCCCCCAAAAACCCAGACUCAGACCACCAACUCCCCCAAAAACCCAGACUCAGCACCAACUCCCCCAGACUCAGACCACCAACUCCCCCAGAAACCCAGACUCAGACCACCAACUCCCCCAGAAACCCAGACUCAGACCACCAACUCCCCCAGAAACCCAGACUCAGACCACCAACUCCCCCAGAAACCCAGACUCAGACCACCAACUCCCCCAGAAACCCAGACUCAGACCACCAACUCCCCCAGAAACCCAGACUUAGACCACCAACUCCCCCAGAAACCCAGACUCAGACCACCAACUCCCCCAGAAACCCAGACUCAGACCACAAACUCCCCCAGAAACCCAGACUCAGACCACCAACUCCCCCAGAAACCCAGACUCAGACCACAAACUCCCCAAGAAGCAACAGGCCUGCGCUAGAGACCCAUAAAACCAAGGCCAUCAACAUUUACAGCAAGCUUUUCAAAGGCAGAGUGAGGGUUCGUUCCACACCAUAA